AUGGAAUCAGAUGAUAGCGAAAUAUAUGCCGAUGUUCCAUCAAAUGCCGCAGUGAAUUCCACGAAGCAGUGCUAUAGUUGGUAUGAUAGGACAAAAGAAGACUCGUGUGAUACUAUACUUGCCUAUGCAGACAUAGAUAUGACAGCAUUUUAUGCCUGGAAUAGUGACUGCUCCAACCUGUGGCUGAAUACGUCAUACUGUGUCAGUGGUCCUGGCUUCGAUGACACAUACUAUCCCAGCAUUAGCUCUUCAACUUCUACCUUGCUUCCCACGGCGACAUCCACUUGUGCGAGUGCCACAGUGACUGCUCCUGGGCCAACUCAGACUUGUAUUCCAUGCGACUGCAACAAGUAUGCCAUGCAUGAUAAGGAGGUAAGCCCAGGCGUGUACUGUCAAGAUAUAGCAACCCAGAACGGAAUAACCCUCGAAGAGUUCUAUGAAUGGAACCCAGCAUUGGGAGGUGACUGUAGUGGAUUGUGGUUGAAUUAUGCAUAUUGUGUUGGCAUCACAUCUUCCACCUCACCCUCCAACACCAUGGCCACGACUGACGCCCCGACCACCACCUCAAGUACACCUUAUGCUACGGUCAAGCCACCUGGACCCACUCAGUCUGGUAUCCCUUGCACAUGCAAUAAAUACUUGAUGCAAGCCGAUGGUGUUUACUGUUACGAUAUGGCUACAGAAUCAGACAUAACGCUAGAAGAGCUGUAUAAAUGGAAUCCAGCACUAGCCGGUGAUUGCAGUGGGCUAUGGGCUAACUACGCAUAUUGCGUCGGGGUCCUCUGA